GAAAAAUUAAGAUUUUCUCACACCUAUAAACAUUUAAUUUGUGGCAAAGACGAGGGUGCUCCUGAAAAGAAAGGUCGCAUACCUUAAAACAAUAAUAUUGACCUCGCUCUUAACAGUGUUUCCUUUUCGCUGAAGUCUUCGGAUCAGUAGUAUUUACCAAGCGAGACUAGAGAGAGGUUGGAGAAAUGAAUCUUUGCUCGUUGGAAUUGUCAGUUUUGGUGUCAGUUGCAGUGAUAGUUGUGGUGAAUGCAAGUCCCAUAGAGUACUAUGCUACCAAAUACGAGCAUAUAGACCUCGAGGAGAUAUUGAACAAUAGGAGGAUGGUUAAAUACUACGCCAACUGUUUGUUGUAUAAAGGUCCUUGUACUCCGCAGGGUUUGGAGCUAAGAAAAAUUCUACCUGAAGCUCUGGAGACCAACUGCUUGCGGUGCACUGAAAAACAAAAGGUAGUGACGUAUCAAUCAAUAAAACGUUUGAAGAAAGAGUAUCCAAAAACCUGGGCUCUUCUGGAGACACAAUGGGACCCGAAAAAUAUUUAUGUCAAAAGAUUCGAGGAAUCCGUCAAGCAGAAUCCUUCAUCGGUAGCGCCAGAAAAUGAAAUAAUUAUAGAAGACAGAUUUGGAGAUCCUGAUGUCUCGACUAAGCCUUCAACAACCAAACCGACUAAACUAAAGAAAACAAAACCGAUAUCUACCACUACUACAACAACAACUACUACUACUACCACUAGUACCACCCCUAAAACAAUCAAAUCAUCCAGAAUACCAUCAAUCAAUAAUAUUGCAUCGGCUUCAGAAAAGAAACCUUCGAGUUUGCCACAGAACAAUCAAUUAACAGGAUCACAAGCUGUUGGGGUUAAUGUAGCGAAUCAGGUAGGCACACCAAAUCAAGAAGAUUCUGGUAAUAAGAGUCAACGUUCAUCCACUUUAGGAAUCGCGAAAAUUUCAGCAACUCCCAGACUUCCCCCUAGUUUCAUUCCUCCGAGCUCACCCUCCCCAACAGUUUCCCAAACACAAAGUUCUAUACCUGAUGUUUCCGCUAGAGUUACCUUUGAUAUCCCCCAGUCUAGUAUGAAUCAUCCUCAAACAAAAAAAUUACUUCAAAGUGCAGUUCAAACGACCACUAAACCUUCGAAACCAAAAACUCCCACUGCUGUUAAGAAUAAACAACAAACAACUAGACAGUUCGAUCCUAUAUCUCACCUCGUCUCUUCAUUUCUGAGCGCUAACCGGCCUCCAACAAGUAGACCUCGACCUUUGAGUACUUCGACAACUCAAAGUCCUACCGAAAAUCCUAACCUACAAAUUAGGUUGCCAAAGAUAUCUGGUCACGUUAGGAAAGCUGGCGUUCGAAAUAGGGCAAGACUAGAAGCUAACACAACUGCCCAAAUAGGUUUAAGAUCAGCAAUUCAGUUUAGGUUGCCAGGUCUGACAGUAAAAAAUCAAGUCGAAGGGUUCCACCCGGUUGGUAAUUUUGUAAGGGGUUUGGCCAAUGCUGGAGAUAGAUUGAUAGAAACAGGUACUUCUAUAGCUGAUAGUGUGCUUACUUCUGUUAACAGACUCUUCCCAUCAAGAGCAAGAAGGAAUCGUGCUCUAAGAAGAAGCUGAAUAUCAUUUUCUAUCAAUUAUUUUAUUGCUUGAGCUCUCAUUCAAUUAGAAUCCUAAAUUUUGGAUGAAAAAAAUAUGUAGUUGCAUUAUCUACAGGAUGUGACAGAGUUUUGAAAAGCUUUGAGAAUUACGUAUUUAGUUAAUUAAUAUAAAUGAGAUUGGUCACAUUAUCACGUAAUCAUGCGAAGAGAAUGGUUUUGAUUCCAGUGUGAAAUUCUAAAUCUUAUAUACUAUGCAAUUCUGAUUCAGAUGGCGAAUUAUGAUGGUAAUUUGAUGAUUCUAUAAUGUAUUCGAAAUUUCUGUUUCCACUCCUCACAAUGUUCAUUUGCUUAUCAGCAUAAUCAUCCUCUAAUCUAGAUUCAUCCAGUUAUCUACAAUCUGCAUAUACUAUUUCACAUAUCUGCAUGCUGUAUAAACUUCAUUUCUGUUUUGUAUAUUCUGCUACUGCAUAAUACAUAAUUUGAAAAUGAACUAUGAAAUUUUCAUAGUAAUGAACCAUACAUUUUUUGAUAAGCAUGUAAAAUUUGAAAACUACUCGAAAAAGUUGAAAUGUAUUUUAAAACCUGAGAUAAUUCUUAAGUUCAUUUUCAAAUUAUUAUUCUUUUAUUGAAUUAAUGAACUUUUUUCCAUGCUUCUUGAACUCUUUUUUGCUAUUGUUAAACUUAAUAACCUACUUCUUCUUGUAACAUAAAGUAUGCUCAACCUUUCCUCACAUUAUCAUUGCUUGUAUCAUUGAAAAAUUUGUAGAAAAUGUUUAGUUUACUAAUAUUGCAAUACUAUGUAUUGUUGGAAAUAUUCUUAAAUGUAUAAAUAUCUACUUUUAUUGAAUAAAUUUUAAUUUUA